GCUCUGGGGCUGAACCUCAUCGCCGCCCAUUCGCAUAUUUGGGGUCUUGGAGUGGAUGUUGAUUCUUUGCAGCCUCGGGGCUCUUCGCAAGGCCUUGUAGGUCAAGAGAAGGCUCGCAAGGCAGCUGCUGUGAUCCUGCAGAUGGUGAAAGAGGGCAAGAUCGCAGGUCGCGCCGUCCUGAUCGCAGGCCCUCCCAGCACGGGCAAAACUGCAAUCGCAAUGGGCAUGGCGCAGUCGCUGGGUUCUGAUGUUCCAUUUACUAUGCUCGCAUCGUCAGAAAUCUUCUCCAUGGAGAUGUCUAAGACGGAGGCGCUCACACAGGCCUUCCGAAAGUCUAUUGGCGUGCGAAUUAAGGAAGAAAGCGAAAUCAUUGAAGGAGAGGUUGUCGAGAUCCAAAUCGACCGCAGUGUCACCGGGGGUAAUAAACAAGGAAAGCUCACGAUUAAAACCACCGACAUGGAGACGAUUUACGACAUGGGCACCAAAAUGAUUGACUCAAUGACCAAGGAGCGUGUGAUGGCCGGCGAUGUCAUUUCAAUCGACAAGUCUUCGGGCAAGAUUACCAAGCUUGGUCGCUCUUACGCACGUUCACGCGACUACGACGCCAUGGGUGCUGAUACGAAGUUUGUUCAAUGCCCUGAGGGAGAACUUCAAGUCCGCAAAGAGAUCGUUCAUACAGUCAGCUUGCAUGAAAUCGAUGUGAUAAAUUCACGAUCGCAAGGAUUCUUGGCUCUUUUCUCAGGGGACACCGGCGAGAUCCGCAGCGAGGUCCGUGACCAAAUCAAUACCAAGGUGGCCGAGUGGAAGGAAGAAGGCAAGGCAGAAAUCAUUCCUGGAGUAUUGUUUAUCGAUGAGGUGCACAUGCUCGACAUUGAAUGCUUCUCCUACAUCAACCGCGCCCUUGAGGCCGAACUAGCCCCAAUUGUCAUCAUGGCCAGCAACCGUGGCCAGGCAAAGAUCCGAGGUACCACUUACACAUCACCUCAUGGAUUGCCGCUAGAUUUCCUUGAUCGAGUGGUCAUCGUCAGCACUCAGCCAUACUCGUCCGAGGAGAUUCGGCAAAUUCUGGCCAUCCGUGCUCAGGAAGAAGAAAUCGACGUAUCUCCCGAUGCGCUGGCUCUUCUGACCAAAAUUGGACAGGAGUCAAACCUUCGGUAUGCUAGCAACAUCAUCACGACUUCUCAUCUGUUGAGCCAAAAGCGCAAAGCAAAGGAGGUCAGCGUCGACGACGUUCAGCGCAGCUUCCGCUUGUUUUAUGAUCCCGCUCGUAGCGUCAAGUUCGUUAACCAAUACGAGCAGCGGUUUAUUGGAGACCAAGGGACCGUCAACUUCGCGGCAGCAGCUAAUGGUGACGCCAUGGAGCUUUCAUAG